AUGCAGAAAAUACAAGACUUCUUUGAAAAGAACGAUCUCACAUGGGACAUUGUUGGUUCAAUCUGUACUGAUGGAGCUCCAGCCAUGAUGGGAGUGAGAUCAGGCUUCACUACACUUGUGAAGCAAAAGGCACCCCAUGGGAUAACAACACAUUGUGUUCUUCACAGACAUGUAUUAGCUGCAAAAACUCUUCCUGAAAAUCUGAAAAUUGUUUUGCAGAAAGUUGUUAAGGCUGUUAACUUCAUUCGGGCCCGAGCUAUGAAUCACCGUUUGUUCAAAGCUUCUUGUGAUGAGAUGGGCUCUGAGCAUUCCAUUCUUUUACUGCAUACUGAUGUGAGGUGGCUUUCUCGUGGACUUAUUUUAAAUCGUGUGUUUAAGCUCCGUACCGAGUUAGAGAUUUUUCUUCGUGAUAGGAAUUCAAAGCUGUGUGAAGACUUUGCUGAUCCGAAGUUCAUCGCAUGUUUGGGGUACCUCUCAGAUAUAUUUACCCAUCUUAACCAAGUCAACAAACAACUCCAGGGAACGUCAGUAACCAUUGUUGAAGCAAGUGAAAAGAGGACAGCAUUGCAGACAAAGCUGGACUUAUGGGCACGGAGAGUUCACCAAAGUAACUUUGUAAAUUUUCCAAACUUGGAUGAGGAAAGAUCUGAAGUGUUACCUGAGAUAAAUGAAGACAUCACAAAACAUUUGAAAAUCUUGAAGAAUCACUUCACUGCCUACUUUUCAAAAGGCAUGAUUCCAACAGAGAGAUGGAUAAUAAGACCUUUUGCCACUGAACUGUCAGAAAUGAAAGAUGAUGACCCAGCAAUAGAGGAGCUGAUUGAUCUUCAUUUUUGUUCAUUUUUGGGUAAAACUCGCAGAUUCAUUCCCACUCCUUACUCAGCGUGCCUUCCAAGUGCUUGUUCCUUUUGUCACUACAUACUUAUGUGA